AUUGCUUUGAAUGUAGGCCUCACUGAGCCAUCGGAUUUAAUCAAAAAUAUCUUAAUUUGUGUUCCGAAGAUGAAUGAAGGUCUUACGGGUGUAGAACGACAUGAGGGUGAGUAUUUAAUGACAUUAUUUUCAUUUUGGGGUGAACUAACCCUUUAAUGUGUCCACAAAUCCCUUAUUAUCAGACAGACAAAAAAAAAAAAAAAAAUCGUACCCAAUCUUACCCUACUUAAGACUUAAAAUCGGUGUAGUUAGUGACUUUUUGUUUACAUGUCAAUAUGGAAAGAUACACAUUUUGUGUUUUGAUGAUAUCAGUCGUGUUUAAAAACAAUUAAUAAACGAAUGAAUGAUGUUACCACCGUUUUUCUUUUGUUUAAUUUUGCUUAGCAACUAUCUAUGAUUGUUGAUUUUAUUAUAUUACAAUUACUAUUUCCUUUUUCAAAUAUAGUUUCUUCGGAAUUGCUAAAAUAAUCGUUAAAACCAGAAUCGUUCUAUUCCUUACAAUUCCCACCCCUCUGAGCAACAUCUAAUGAACAUUUUGGUUUAACCCUUACUCAUCACGUUGUUUAUCCCUUUACGUUACUCUUAGAUAUAUUAAAGUUUGGCUAAUGAAAGAGUAACCCCGCACUGAAAUGCUGUAAUGAUGUAAUAUCCGCUGAGUCUCCACACACAUCUCAAACUUUUCUGCGCCCAGAGCGACGAUGACAGCGCACGCACUUUCAGCGGCUCCAUCGAGGGUCUCCGAUCCCAAGAUACUGACAAGAAGCUCGAUCUGAAACAUCGGAGAGUGAAUCAGCUUGCAACAGAGACGUAGGAGGGAGACUCGAGGCAGAAUGCGGGCGCUGUUCGUGGUGCUGAAACCGCUGUGUUUUCUCGCUCUGCUCGGAUACUGCCCUUCCGCGACCAUCAGACCAAAGGAAGGCUGGCAGGUGUACAGUUCAGCGCAGGAUGCCGACGGCCGCUGCAUCUGUACGGUGGUGGCACCAGAACAGAGCUUGUGCUCCAGAGAUGCAAAGAGCAGACAGCUCCGCCAGUUACUGGAGAAGAUUCAGAAUAUGUCGCAAUCAAUCGAAGUGCUGAACCUGAGGACCCAGAGGGAUUUCCAGUAUGUCAUGAAAAUGGAGAGCCAGAUGAAAGGACUCCGAUCAAAGUUCAGACAAAUCGAGUCGAACCGAAGAACAUUAUUGACUAAAAACUUUCAGGAGUUGAAGGGGAAGAUGAAUGAACUGCAGCCGCUGAUUCCAGUGCUGGAGCAGUAUAAGACUGAUGCCACGCUCAUUUCCCAGUUCAAGCAGGAAAUCAGGAACCUGUCUCUAGUGCUGACUGCUAUCCAGGAGGAGAUAGGAGCAUAUGAUUAUGAGGAACUCCAGCAGAGGGUCCUCGGCUUGGAGGGAAGACUGAGGAACUGCAUGAACAAGCUCACCUGUGGUAAGCUGAUGAAAAUCACGGGGCCCAUCACCGUAAAGACAUCAGGAACAAGGUUUGGAGCAUGGAUGACAGACCCUCAGGCUUCACCUAAGAACAACAAGGUUUGGUACAUGGACAGCUAUACAAACAACAAGAUUGUCCGGGAGUACAAAUCGGUAAGCGACUUCGUAGCUGGGGUUGAGUCAAGAACCUACAACCUUCCGUUCCACUGGGCGGGCACGAAUCAUGUGGUCUACAAUGGCUCCCUGUACUACAACAAGUACCAGAGCAACAUCAUCGUCAGAUACAGCUUCGAAAGUGGCCGGGUCACGACCCAACGAGCACUUGAGUCUGCUGGCUUCCACAACGUCUACCCGUACACCUGGGGCGGGUUCUCCGACAUUGACCUGAUGGCAGACGAGCUUGGUUUAUGGGCCAUCUACGCCACCAAUCAGAAUGCAGGGAAUAUAGUGAUCAGCCAGCUGGAUCCUCUGACCAUCCAGGUGUUGAACACUUGGAACACAGAAUACUCCAAACGAAAUGCAGGUGAGUCCUUUAUGAUCUGCGGCACGCUGUACAUCACUAACUCCCAUCUGACCGGGGCUAAGGUGUAUUACUCUUAUUCCACCAAAACCUCUACCUAUGAGUACAUGGACAUCCCUAUCCAUAACCAGUACUUUCACAUGUCCAUGCUGGAUUACAACGCCAGGGAUCGUGCACUUUAUGGCUGGAACAAUGGCCACCAGGUACUUUUUAACGUCACGCUGUUCCACAUUAUUAAAACUGACGACGAAUCCUGAGAGAUGCACCCUGAGGUGAGAGGAAAACUUUCUGCUGACACUGUUUCUGCAGUUACACUGAUCUGUAAUCACUGUGGUAUUGCUGUGAAGUAAUGGGUUUUAUAUAUUUCAGUCAAAAGAUGAGCUUGGUUUGAGGUUCAGUGCCUCUGGAGAUUUCAGUCAACAUUGCACUCCUCCAUUUGUAAAACAAUCGUGAUUAAAUUCAAACUCAGACUCAGAAAAAGACAUUAAUGAACUUUUAAAGCUCUAUUAAAAUGUUGUUUGUGCAACUUUCAGUGCAUAACCAUGGUAUUCAGCUGUAAUACUCCAUUUAACAAAGAAUGUAACAAACUUACCACUAGAAACUUAGAUCUAUAUUAAAAAUCUAUAUUAUGGACAUUAUAUAAUAUUGAUCUGUCGGACUGUGUCUCUUAGUUUUAGCUUGUCAAAUAUUUAGGAAAGUUUUGACAUAUUUUUCAACUCUUUUUAUGACUUCAACUUAAAGGGACAGUUCAUCUAAAAAUAAAAAGUUGUCAUUAGUUAUUCACCCUCAUGUUGUUCCAAAACUGUAUGAUUUUCUUUGUUCUCUGGAACACAGAAGAAGAUUUUUUAAGAAAUGUAUCCACACCAUGGUUGAAUUAUUGUUGCUCUAAUAUUGUUUAAAAUAUAUUCUUUCAUGUUUCACAGAAGAAAGAAAGUCAUACAGAUUUGGAAUGACAUGAGGGAGAGUAAAUGAUGACAGAAUUUUCAUUUUAUGGUGAUCGAUUCCUUUAAAAUCAAUCCAUGCUGAAAACAUUUCACAGUGUACAGUGUAAUUAC